AUGGUGCGAAUCAGUACAAUCCUGGGCCACUUCCACCACAUCGAGACCGCUUUCGAUAAAAUGCUGCGAUCGUCCACUGAAGAUGAAGAGUGCGAAAGUGGUUCCAUCUGCGGGGGGAAGAACUUCGGCCACCAACUUUCUGCUUCUACUCGCUUCAGACUCACUUUUCAGCUCACAAUUGAGAAAGUAAAGUGUUCAACUUCAAAGCUGCGUCAGUCUCCUCUAUUAGAGUCAACUACAAGCCUUGCACCGCUCUACUCGGUUGCAGCUUGGAAAGCGGAAUCAAAGACCUUAUCUCAUCUUCCUAGCGCUGACAACAGGCUACUUUGCCAGUCCCCCCCCUUCAAUCUCUCAGGUUUGAUUCGUAUUCUGUUUUUAAAUCUGUACAAGAGCCUCUGGGCAAAAGACAAGUGGAAAUGCCUUCGCUGGUGA